GGAUGACUGGAGUUUCCCUUGCGGUCUGAAGAUUAAUGGAAGGGGUCUGUUGAUCUUAGGAAUCGACUAUCAGAUGGUCGGUCCCAGGAAGCCAUUGCACUUGAUGCCUGGUCUAUAAACGAAUGGAGAGGUAUCCGAUUUGAAAUAACCAACUGCGGGGGGGAAAAAAAAAACCGAAUAACCCGGACUCCACUUUUGUUAGUCUCCACAGAAGAGGCCUGCCUUCAGAGAGAGAGAGAGAGAGAGAGCACCUGGUUGGUUCAGGCCAGGAGACGACUGCGAGGGACGCUAAAGAGCUAACGCUAGCCUGCUCGCUCGCUGGAUAGACGGAAACAGCCUGUCGACGAUCUGUCAAAUGCUCUGGACUUGAUUCUGGAUCAACCGAAGCCGUCUCUGGACAUAAAAGGACAGUCGAUUGAGAUCUUGAGUCGCCGCUGCUCGCCGGGGAACUGACGAGCUAAACACUGCAAAGCUAACAACCACUGGCCAUCUCUGCUAGAGUUAGCUUAGCCCGGAGCUAACCCAGAGCGUUAGUGUCAGCUGCAUACUUGGAUAUACUCGCUUGGGUUGGGAGUGUUUCUGAACUCACUAAUUAAAGGUGUUGGAGGAAAUACAUUUGCACUCGUUGGUCAAUAAUGAUAGCGGUUAGCUAGUAGCCAGCUGUCAGCUUCAUUGAGCCCAGCGACUGCGUUUUUUUUUUUAGCGGUGUAGCAUCACUCAGCGACUUGUAAAGGAAGAAAUCAGUCCGAGCCCAGGGACUCCACCAUCAGCCUGCCAUCAUGGGCAACACGCCCACCGCAAAGAAGGGCAAUGAGAUGGAGAGCGUGAAGGAGUUUCUUGCCAAAGCCAAAGAAGAUUUCCUGAAGAAAUGGGAGAAUCCAGCACAGCAAACUGCGGCAUUGGACCACUUUGAGCGUUUGAAGACCUUAGGCACUGGUUCGUUUGGUCGAGUCAUGCUGGUUAAACACAAAGAGACGGGCCAGCAUUUUGCCAUGAAAAUACUUGACAAACAGAAGGUAGUGAAGCUGAAGCAGAUAGAACACACACUGAACGAGAAACGUAUCCUGCAAGCUGUCAGCUUUCCCUUUCUGGUGCGACUGGAGCAUUCUUUUAAGGACAACAGUAAUCUGUAUAUGAUAAUGGAGUACGUACCCGGGGGCGAAAUGUUCUCACACUUAAGGAGAAUCGGUAGAUUCAGUGAACCACACGCCCGCUUCUACGCAGCCCAGAUUGUACUGACCUUUGAAUACCUUCACUCGCUGGAUCUCAUCUACCGAGAUCUUAAGCCGGAGAACCUGCUCAUUGACCAGCAAGGUUACAUACAGGUAACAGAUUUUGGAUUUGCAAAAAGGGUGAAGGGCCGAACCUGGACGCUUUGCGGGACCCCAGAGUACCUGGCACCAGAGAUCAUCCUCAGUAAGGGUUACAAUAAAGCAGUGGACUGGUGGGCUCUGGGAGUGCUCAUAUAUGAGAUGGCUGCUGGUUACCCCCCCUUCUUUGCAGACCAGCCUAUUCAGAUUUACGAGAAGAUUGUAUCAGGGAAGGUUCGCUUUCCCUCCCACUUCAGCUCAGACCUGAAGGAUCUGUUAAGAAAUUUGCUGCAGGUGGACCUGACCAAGCGCUUUGGCAACCUCAGGAAUGGAGUCAAUGAUAUCAAGGGCCACAAGUGGUUUGCCACCACUGAUUGGAUUGCCAUCUACCAGAGGAAGGUGGAAGCUCCCUUUAUUCCUAAGUGCAAAGGCCCUGGUGACACGAGCAACUUUGAUGACUACGAGGAAGAGGAAAUCAGAGUCUCCUUCACAGAGAAGUGUGCAAAGGAGUUUGCUGAGUUCUAGAUUCCAACCAUGAGUAGCGGAGAGAGAGAGAGAGAAAGAGAGAGAGAGAGACAGGUAUUUAGAAAGAAAAAGGGGGUCAGAAGAAAGGAAGCGCUAGGGUGGACUGCUAACUUGCUUAUUUGUAAUGACGACAACAAUGUAAAAUCCCCCCAGUCGAAAGGUAGACAAAGUGAAGAAAGAUCCAACAGAACCAGCAGUGUUGCCUUUUCUGAUUGUUUCUCUGUUACCUAUUCAUUUUAUUUAUCCCUCUUGUGUUUGUGGCAGGGGCUCGAGGAGAACAGACAUAGGUUGUGGCUGUCCAGCUAUACUUGUAUCUUUCUGAUGGUGUAACGACAUGUUUUCAGUCUUUGCAGGUUGAGGCAUUGAUUUUCUGUUAAGGUACUGAAUCUGCUAGGCUCCUUUUUUUGAACGGGCCCUCUACAAGCUUCUCAAAGAGUGAUUGUUGUAUCUUUGUCACCCUGGUUCCCCACACCCCCCACCCCACCCCUCCAUCUCUCCAUCCUGAAUCUGUCCAAGCAAUACCAAGUCCAACAGAUGUGCCUAUCAUAAUGCCAACUGGUUGGAAAACUGUGUCGAAAGCAUUGGUGCACAGCUUAGGCCAUGGUGGCAUCAGCCCUUGUGCCCAUUUGGUUUGAAGCUUGAAAUCUCUCUGCACCUGCCUUUGUCUGCUCAAUGUGGCAUGAUUAUUGGGUAGAUGAUGCACUCACUGCUUGCAUUUGAAGCAGUGACCUCUUUGAUCAGAGUGAAAAUGAUUUAUCACACUUAACUUCAUCUAGGUCUUACUCCUUGUGGGGCCUGUGAGAAAUGGUAAACAAUGAGGUCUGCAUUUAAGUCUGUCUUUCUCUUAGCUGAAUUUAUUAGAUUAUUUUAAGAAUCCUAUUGGUGAUCAUUUUGUCCUUUUUUUAUGUCGAUCUCUGUGCUUGUGUGUUAUUUAGUGCUCAAGGGUGGGUUUAAAAAGCUGUGAUUUAGCAGCAACUAACAUUGUGGUCACACUCCUGAUUAUUGUUUAUUUAAUUCAUAGUACAUUUAUACAUGUAUAUUGAGAAUAAAUAUAUAUAUCUAUAUGUAUAUAGAUAUAUAUGUAUAAAAAAUAUAUAUAUAGACACACACAUCCUUUUCAACAUUGUCUCAUGGCUGUGAAACUGAAUUAAGAUUUCAUAAAUAAACAAAUAUAAAUUCUGCCAAAAUUUGCAAACUGAGAACAUUGCAGAGUUUUCUGUAUGUAAUUAUGACGGUGAUGGAUUUUAAUACGCAAAAAAGUAGCAAAAACGUUUCAACAAAACGUGCAUGUUAUUUUUGUACAAUAUCACUUUUAAAGAAAGAUGGCAGAGCAUUAUGCUUCAUUUGUGCUGAGGUACCUGAGACCGUGGAUAACAUGCUUAACUAUUAAAAUGGACUCCUGGCUGCCCUAUUUUGAAGACGAGCAAGACCCAGUUAAACACGUUGGAAAGAUCUUCUGGGUUUUGUUCAUUAUUCAGUUGUAGGGCAACAGUAUGAUGAUCAUUGUCACUGAACUUGUGCUUCUCACCUUGAUAAUUGUUUUUGUUUUUUUCCUCCCUUCCCCUUUCUCUUGUAUAUACCGUACCUGUAAUACCUUCAGAUAGAUUUGCAGUCCAACCAAAUUUUUGGGACUGUUGAGAUGGGAGUGUUUUUGUUUCCAUUUUCCAGCUUUCUAUGUAACAAAUUAAACUAAGGAAGCGGUCCUAAAGCUAUCCCCUUUUUGCCAAGUUUAUUUCUGUGGAUGCAAGACAAUCGCAGACCAAAUCUUAUUGCUGGUUUGUUGACUGAACAUAUUGUUUUGGUUUGAUGAAGGAUGUUCGUCGCCCCCCAUCCCCUCCCCUCCCCUCCCUCCAUAGGCCCUAGGUGCUAGACUUUAUCCAUCUCACUGAAAAGCUUCUGUGAAUUGUUUGAUGUGCAUCAAUCUAUUUGUCAUAAAGUCUUGUAACAUGACAUUUUUGAGAAUGUUUUUCGACUCUAAAUGAUUUCAGUAGGCUUGAGUAAUUACUUUGGCAGUCUCUUAAUGUAAUUGAGAUCAAACGCAGGAUACCUUUUUUGAAUGUCUUGAAUUUGUCAGAUGGAGAUGUUUCAAUGCUGUUUUGAAACAUGACGUGUGUUUUGUAUAAUACAUGUUUCUCUGGUGAGCUUGGUUUUUCUUGCAUGUGGUAAAGCAACCCAACGGCAAGACAUCUCCUGGACCUGAGACAUGUUUGAGAAAUCAUUGUUUCCACAGCCGACAGUCUCAUCACUGUUUAACCUGUUUUUUGAUUUGUUAGAGCAUCACGUUGAACAAUGCAGUGGAUCACCAACCAACUUGUCCAGUCUUUUGGAAAUAGUGAAGCACAUGCCACACCCUUUCAAAUCUCCUAUUUAAUUGAUUUGUGCUAAUUAUUUGAAACUUUUAAGACGCAGUGUAAUGCUUUGAAGAGAGCACAUGUAAUAUCUUUGGUCUUUUAUGUUCUGACAAAUGACUAAAUCAGAGUUGGUGGGUAGAAGGUAACGCCACUUGAUCCACUUCAGACACGAAGGCCAUCACAUUGCUUUUUUUAAAUUUUAUUUUUGUUUCCCAUACACAACUUCUUGUCAACUGUCUGUAAUUCUCUUCUAUCAACUAAACACUAUCAACUGCUCUGUGCUAAUUUUGAGUUUUUCUCCUGUGUUUGCCUUCUAUUUUCAUCAAGUUUCCACACACUCUCCAUUCAAACAUAACACUUUUUACAUCUGAGAUGUUUUGCGUUCAUAUUUUCUAAUUGUAUUUUCAAAAAAAAGCAAAAAAAGCAAAAACAGAACAUUAAUCUUUUCCUCAUGACCUGGGUACAGUGAUUGUGUAGUCUAUUGUACCUUUUGGGAAACAAUACUGUAUAUCCUUGCCUUUGACAGUCUUAACUAUCUUACCCUCUGGAGAACUUGACAGAUACCCUUAGAACACAAUGAGUAUGUUAAAAAAAAUAUACAUAAAGUAAUAUUUUGCAAAAUGUAUCAUUCCAAUAAACUUUUACUUGUUAAGACUAA